GCGGUGGGUCAGCUGUAACUACAGGGCCUGACUAUGGUUGGAGUCCUGGCAGAAGACUCAGAUCCCUGUAAGGAGCAUGUGCGAUGCUUCAUUACCGUAGUACGGCCUGUUGAAUGCGUAUGUUUGAUUUUUCUGAGAAAUGUAAUGCAUAAUCCUCCGUGUAGCCUAUAUAAUUUCGUUUGAGUGAACCAUAGGGCACGCACCUUAGGUGGAACGAUCCCCUGAGCAUCCAGAGGUGCAAUAACGAAUGCCAGAUUCUUAAAGCUACGUCGUUGUUAGGGCGUUUUUGUCGUUUCCGGUUUUGCUGACAGGUAUACCCAGCGCCACAAGAAAGAAGUCUUUCGGGGCCGAGGAUCGACACCAAGCAUAGCCGCCGGCAGCACCGCGGCCCCCGGCGGCUCGGGAGGGCAGGCAGGCGCUGCCAAGGGGCCGGGCGAGGCCCAGCGCUCCCCGCAGGCCCCGCCCGCUGGCGGCCCGGCCCCGCUGGCGGCCCGGCCCCGGCCCCGGCCCCGGCUCCGGCUCCGGCUCCUCCUGGGGCGGGGCCGCCGGCAGCGGAGCGGCUGCGGGGUCUCAUGGCGCCGCUGAGGGACUGCCAGUACGCCACCUGGACCAGUAAUGAGAGCCUUGGAGGUAUUGAGGGACGUCUCUCCAAGUUAAAAGCAGCAGAUCCUAAUUUUACAAUGGGACAUGUCAUUGCUAAUGGUUUGGAGCUGAUUGGCACUGGAAGUUUGGUGCGGCUCAGCAGAGAGCUGGACAGUGCGAUGAGAACAAUGAUGAUGCUUUCAAUAUCACAGCCACUGACUGAGCGGGAGAAGCUUCAUGUAGCAGCGUUGGACAUGUUUGCUAGUGGUACCGGCAGGCCGUGCCCAUCGCAGCCAGGAGCCACGGGCUGGAGGCCGGUGAGCCAGGCUAUCCCAUCAGCCGUAAGGCUCCCCAUAAACUCUCCGCAUGGCGAAGAAAAUGCAAGAUUUAAACAAAAUAAAGAAAAAAAGAACAAUUCUGCGGUCUGCCUGUGAUCAAAGUGAACGACCUGGAGGAUGCCCCCAGCUUUAUGAGUAAGAAAUUGGGGGGUUGACCAAGCUGACCAGUCUUCCCAAUUGACCUGGACAUCUUCCCCUCGCUGGCGGCUAGUGUGCGGGCACGGCUUUACAGCGGAGAAGCCGACUAAUCCCCUCGCAGGCCAUGAAGCAGGAUUGUGGAGACCACGGUUUAUUUAUGAACAUAAAUAAAUAAACUUUGACAGGCAAAUAUUUCAAGAUAAAGGUGGUCGUGAAUACUAAACCUUUUCUUGUUCAUAUGAGAAGAUAAACCAUUUUUCUUCCAUUUAUUUUUCUGAUCUUGAGCCCUGAAUGUCGCUGGUGUCUUCUCUCAGUCUUCCCGUAGAGUUCACUGUGGAAAAGGUCAAGUUCGCUGGUUCUGGAUGUUUUACAGAUCAGAAGAUAAAAUAUCCUCUGAGCCUUUGCAAUACAAAAGUAACAACUGGUGCUUCCUCAGGUGGUUCUUCUGUGGAUAACUGGCUAGCUGAAAAGGGUCACAUAGACAUAGUCCAGCUGGCUGGACAAAAAUGCACAUGGCUCUCAGCUUAUCUGAAGUAAAGCAAAAUACACUGUCUUUGGCUGUCGUUACACAGUAACAGGAAGAUCGCGAUGGGAAAAGAAUGUUGCAGGUGGGAACAGAUAACUACAGAAGAGAAACAACGGGUGGGCUUGGUAUUUAGGCAACUAACCCAUAAUGAGCUUAACUUUUGUAAUAUGUAUGAGCUAAUUAUAACAAGGCAUAAAAGGUGACUGUAAGGCACAAUAAAUGAAGUCUGCUGAUCACUCAUAUUGAGUGACUGUGUCUUCCCUCCGUCACGACAUUCUUCAUAUACGGGUUGUUUCACAUCUCCAUAGGCAGACAUAACAACAGCUUGGAAAAGACUGAUCAAUACAUAGGUCAUCGCCAACAUGAAAGAGGCUAGGAAAAAAAAAACAUCCAGCAACUUGGAUGAAAAUGCAGUAUCUCUGAAAGCUGAGAUGCAGGAGAAUAUGGUCUGAGCUGAGUGAAUCGUGCUAUUGUAAUUCCAUUCAUGCUGCCCAAAGACAAGGUAGCCAAAAGCCAUAAAUACAAAGAAGUAAACCACCACCAUGAGAGCCAUUGAGGACAUUCCAGGAAGGGCUGCCAAGAUACAUCUUCGUGCCGGGGGCACG